CUCUGGCAACGCUGUAAAUUUUGGUACUAAAUGUUGUAUCUUUAAAUACAAGCUGUGAUAUAUUAGAGUUUUAGUUACUUACAAAUUAUUUAUGUUAAAGCUUUACAUGUUGUAAUUUUUAAUCUCGAAAAUAAGUGAAUUUUUUUUAACAAGUAAUGUGUCAAAAUGAGGUUUGUGAGAAACAAAAAAGUGAAAGAUCUGUUAAAAGACAGAUUCUUUUGGGAUUGCUCACAAAUUUUUCCAGUAUUGCCCCAAGCAUGUCCCUAGGGUUUUCAGCAGUUGCCAUCCCCGCUCUAGUCAGUAUUACCAACCCCAACGCCUUGACAGAUAACCAGGCUUCUUGGUUUGCAAGUAUUGCCUCAUUGGCCACCCCAUUCGGUUGUUUUUUCGCUGGACCAAUAGCAGACCGGUACGGAAGAAAAACAGCACUUUUUUGUGUUAACCUCACCUGCUUCUUGGGAUGGAUUGUCAUAGCUGCAGCACAUUUUUUCAGCGGUUUGCAGUUUCCUAUACUGCUACUGGGCAGAAUAUUGACAGGUUUAUCCACGGGAUUAUCCAGCGUUCCAGCAACCAUAUACAUGGCGGAAAUUUCCAGCCCAAAACUUAGAGGAGUUUUCACAACCUGGAGUUCAAUAUCUUUCGCCAUAGGUGUUUUGAUAAUAUACAUGUUGGGUUACGCUUUAAAGGAUUCCUGGAUGAUAAUGGCCUUAUUUACAGCGGUAUUUCCUUGCAUAGGAAUUUUAUUGAACGCUUUAUUCAUACCUGAGUCACCAUCUUGGUUGAUAGCAAAAAAUAGAGUUGAUGAAGCCAAGUUGAACAUGUGUUACGUUUUUGGCGUUAAGGAGAGUAAUUAUCAGGUGGAGCAAGAAAUAGAGAGUCUAAUAAAGACAAAAACGGUGAAGAAUGGUACCAACAAAUCGCCAAUGAGCGUGCAAUUGAGGAAGAAGAUCAAAAUGAUGAUGAAGCCCGCGUUCUAUAACGCUUUUGUUAUAGUGGUUGUGUUUUUCUUCUUUCAACAGUUUUCCGGAACAUUCAGUAUAGUUUUCUAUGCCAUAUCCAUAGUGGAGAAUGCUGGUGUUAAAUUUGAUCCCUACUUGGCUAUAGUUUUGAUAGGGGUUGUUAGAAUGUUUUCCGCAAUCUUGUUGAGUUAUAUUACGAAGAAGUUUGGACGUAGACCUCUGGCCAUAUUCUCAGGUUUAGGGAUGUCGGUUUGUAUGUUGGUUCUGGGCGGAUACAUUCUUUUGAUAGAGCAAGGUAAAGUCAGUGGUGAUGUACAGUCCAAACUACUCUUUUUACCAGUACUUCUUCUGUUGUUGUACUUCUUUACGAGCACAUUGGGCUUUCUACCGCUUCCAUUUGCGUUCGCUGCUGAGGUCUUUCCCACCAAACUACGCGGAACAGCUACUGGUCUCUCCAGCGGUAUAGGGUACUUUUUUAACUUCAUCACGGUCAAAAUUUACCCUGCAAUGGUGGGUAGUAUGUACAAACAGGGCGUUUUCUUCUUCUACGGCGCAAUCUCUUUCAUUGGAACCAUUUUUGUGCUCCUAUGUCUGCCAGAAACGAAGGGCAAAAGUCUGGCCGAUAUAGAGGAAUACUUUGGCGGGAAAAAGGUCAGAAGAAAGGAAAACGAGGUGGUUUAGUUUAAGAGUUGUGUUUAUUUAUUUACAUGUGAUAUUUGUUACUUAGAUAAAAUAAAAAAUGUUUUAAUAUAUGCUUUGUCUAUUCUACCACAAUCUACAUUUAUCCUCGGGAUUCAUAUUGCUUCCAAUGGGGCAAUUAAAGGCUCUCGAAAAUUCCUCCAAAUUUGACACAGGUCCAUUCACCCUAUACUUUGUUGGAGGAUAGAGACCAUAGGUGGCCAGUUGUUGGUAAUAUGAAUCUGAGGCAUCCGAGCACCACAUCUACAAGCACAACCACACUGCACAACUGUCUAAAUAUAAAAAAAAAAUAUUACCGUUCCAAACCCUAUGAAAAACAAUUGAUCAUCGGUAUAAUUUUCUACUAUAUAGCUUGAGGGGUUAUCUAGUAGGUAUUGUUUUAAAGCUUUGUACGAUUCACGAAUACCACCAUUAUCAGCCAAGUUUUCAUCAAGAGUUCUAGCCCCACUCACCUAUAUAUACAUAUAAAAAAAAUGACCAAAACAUUACUAGAACAUUUCUUACAUUUUUUUGUGCCUGUGGUAUAUAAUACUUAUUGUAUUGCUCCUUAAAACAUUCAGCCUUUUUGUUAAAGGCUUCUUUACUAUCUUUGGACAUCCAAUUUUUGACCAAACCAUCCUCAUUAUAAGUUGAGCCCUUGCUAUCAAAUCCAUGGGUUAUUUCGUGUCCAAUAAUGCUCCCGAUUCGCCCAUAAUCCAA